GUGAAAGGUCAAUGUUGUGUUGGGAAAAACUGAUGUAUGUCUGGUUAAUUGUGCAUUCACAUUAUAGAGUGAUGGACAGGAAGCAAUAUGGUGUUUUUGAAAAACAACUGUAUGGCAUAAGUUGAAGAAAUCUAAAGGAAUGGCAAGCAAAGCUGACAAACAACAUGUUGAGACUUUGGCAGCAGAGCAGCAGAACUUUGGCAACCAACCCAAAGGAGUGGACUGGACUGUCAUUGCCCUCACCUGCCAGUGCAAGGAUAGCAUUUAUGCCUUCCAAAGAGAACUUGAAAUCCGCCAACACAAAGGAUCCAUUGCUCCUGGCGUAGUCCUACUCACGGUUGAGGAUCCAGAGACUUGUGUUGGUAGUGGUGGAGCCACCCUUAAUGCAUUGCUGGUAGCUGCAGAACAUCUCAGUGCCAAGGCUGGAUAUACGGUUGUCACCUCCGAUGUACUGCAGACAGCAAGAAUACUGAUCCUGCACAUGGGUCGAGACUUUCCCUUUGAUGACUGUGGCCGUUCAUUUACCUGCCUGCCAAUGGAAAAUCCAGACAGCAAAGCAGAGGCCCUUGUUUGCAACAUCGAUGUUCUGCUGCACAACAUGACAUACAAGUUGGGACCAGGCUGUACACCAGGCGUGUGGGUCUGCAGCACGGAUAUGAUCCUGACUGUCCCCUCCUACCCAGAUAUUUGCUGGGAAGGAUUCAGUGGUGUCAAAGUGGUGUCCGUCCCCGGCACAGUAAGUUAUGCCAGGGAUCAUGGCGUCUACUUCAUUGAUCAGGAGGGUUACGUCUGUGAUAUUAUCUACAAAGGGACAGAAGAGAGGAUAAAGGAAUGUGCACUACAGGAUGGCAGAGUUCCACUGGUAUCGGGUAUCGUGUUCUUCUCAUGGGAGACUGCUGAGAAACUCUUGGCUACACAUGUCACUCCUCCUCUGGACUCUUGCACCUAUAUGGGUCUGGACUCAGGGACUCGUCCUGUUCAGUUGUCCAUUUUCUUUGACAUCUUGCUGUGCAUGGCACGCCAUACUCGUGAAGAUGUCUUUGUGAACAGAGCAAAUAAGAUUCUGCAGAGCAGCGACAUCACUAAGCCCACCAGGGCUGACAGCAGUGACAUGGCCAUCAUGAGGAGUGCCAGAGCUGUGCUGUGGCAGGAGCUCCGAGGGAUUCCUGUCACCAUGGCCUACAUAGCAGAUGGUUGCUAUGACUACAUGACCUUGUCGGCAGAUGAUCACAUACGGAACCUGACACGGAGGGGAAGCAUGUCGAGCUGUUUUGUGGUCCAUCACAUUGUUCAUUCUGAGCUGACUCAUCCUGCUAUGUUGAACGAGGACUGUUCUGUCAUCAAUAGCCUGCUAGAUGGGGAGAUCACAGUCGAGCCAAAUAGUGUUGUCCAACACUGCCACCUACAGGGGUCCAUUCAUAUAAGCUCAGGUUGUCUUCUUUCGGGAGUGGACUUGAUGUCGUCGGCUGUACUCUGCCAAUAUCAGCUCUGUGAUAUUAUCAUCCAGGGACACCACAUCAGGCUGAGGGACCUGAAACUGAAGAUUUUCAGCAUCACAGGACGGCAGGACGAUCUGCAGGUGCCUUUCACCACUGAUUCCUCGACCUUCCUGAACGUUCCAUGGGCUGAGUUCUUUGAAAGGACAGGAAUAAAGAAAGAGGAGGUGUGGGGUCCUGGCAUUCUUGAAGAGGAGCAGUGCCUGCUGAAUGCUCAGCUCUUCCCAGUCUUCCAUGUGACAGAACCCAUCGGGAUGGAGGACGUGCUGUGGUUCCUGGGACUGGAGAGAGGACGGUUCCUGAGGAAGUGGCAGUUGGCCUGGCGCCUGUCAAUAAGGGAAGUCUUGAGCUGCCUGGAUCAGCAGGCCGAGCUUGUCUGGCGACAGCAGCUCUUCCUCAGCCAGGCUCAACGUAAAGUACAGACUACACUGCUGGCUCGCAAAGACACCAGCCUCUGGCCUCUGAUCAGGGCAGCUGUCUGUGAGGGGAAUGAACAACAGAUACUCAACACUCUCGAUGCAGUAGCUACCGCCACUGUGGACCUGGGGAUUGCAGCCCGCACCCUCGCCUGUGUUGCUGAUGUCUUGGGUUGCAUGGCUGGAGGGCAGGGAGGGCUCCGCAGUGGACCUGCUGCCAAUCCAGCAUGGAUUGAUGCCUUCCAGCUGCUGGAAAAGGGGAACGUGGUGCUCGGAGUGAAGAGGCUGACGGAGGAGCGGGGUAAAUGGCUGAACAGACCAGACCUUCUGGUGAGGGCUGCCCGUCACUAUGAGGGGGCGGAGCAGAUCCUGAUCCGACGGGCCGUGAUGUCAGCACGAGAGUUCAUCUCCAUGGGACAGGUGGAGCUUCCGCCCAUGAAUCAGUGGGUGGUGGCUGAGUGUCCUGCCCGUAUCGAUAUCUCAGGUGGCUGGAGUGACACGCCUCCAAUAACAUAUGAGCACGGGGGAGCGGUGCUGGAUAUCGCCGUUCUAGUGGACAAGCGCAAACCAAUUGGCGCGAAGGUGCGUCGCAUCGCAGAGCCUAAACUGCACUUAGUCCUGAACAGUGGAGGCAGAGAGCAGAGAAUGGCCAUGGAAAUAGUGUGUCAGAGUCUGGAGGAUCUGCAGGACUACUGUCAGCCACGUGCACCAGGAGCCUUGUUGAAAGCAGCCUUUAUCUGCACAGAAAUUAUCCACUACCCUUCCCAUGUAUCGUUACGGGAUCAGUUAAUGACAGGCUUUGGUGGUGGCUUUGAGCUUCACACUUGGUCCAGUCUCCCACAUGGAUCUGGCCUGGGUACAAGCAGCAUCCUGGCAGGGGCCGUGAUGGCAGCGCUGAUUACAGCAGCUGGGAAGUCCUCCGACACCUCUUCCCUGAUCCAUGCUGUUCUUCACCUGGAGCAAAUGCUGACGACAGGUGGAGGCUGGCAGGAUCAAGUCGGGGGUCUGGUGCCUGGUAUCAAGAUCGGUCGGUCCAAACCCCAGUUGCCCCUGCGAGUAGACGUUGAGCGCAUUGCAGUGACGGAUGAAUUUGUGAAGACCCUGAAUGACCACCUGCUGCUGGUGUACACAGGGAAAACACGACUUGCACGUAACCUUCUACAGGAUGUGCUGAGGAAUUGGUACGCUAGACUGCCUAGUAUUGUGGAGAACGCUGAUGCAUUGGUCAGGAACACAGAGGAAUGUGCCCAAGCUUUUCUCAAAGGUGACCUCUCCCAGAUUGGCCAGUGCCUGAACACCUAUUGGCAGCAGAAGAAGUACAUGGCUCCUGGAUGUGAGCCAUCUGCCGUCCGACAGAUAAUGGCAGUCCUACGCCCCCACGUACACGGGCAGAGCUUGGCUGGGGCGGGUGGUGGUGGCUUCCUUUACCUCCUGACCAAGAAACCUCGACAGAAAGAGGCACUCGAGAGGAUACUGAAAGCGAGUGAGGGUUUGGGGAACUUCAAUGUCCAUGAGGUGGAAGUAGACGAGACUGGAAUCGCUGUGCGUCUCAGUGAAACAGAAGGAGAAUGAAUCCUACACGGAUUAUUUAACACGCCAGCUCCUGCCUGAUGAAAUAACAUUUGGUUAAACCAGAAUCAUGCACAAACCUUGGAUUAAUGCGGAUAAAUCAGAGAGGAAUCACUGGGUAUAAUGAUAACAUUUAAGAGAAUUUCGAAUCAUUUUGGUAUUAACUUCUUUGACAGUAAAGUUUAUUUUUGUGAAGCCAAGUGGAUCCAAAUGAUUCCAGUAUUACAGGCAUCAAAUCACAUUGGCAUUGACAUGUAACAAUUAAUUCCUCAAAAAUUCAGAUGAUAUUGCGAUUGACAGAAUGAUGUCUGAGUGAUUGAUUCACACUCCAUGAUUAGGUUGCUGCCUAUGGUGGUACUUUGAAAUUUUUUUAGUCAGUUGCUUUUCUUUGGAAGGGUGUGGGAAAUUAGAACUUUUUCGUUACUAUUAUUCAUUGGGCAUCACAGGCAGGGUCAGCAUUAAUUGCCCAUCCCUAGUUGCCCUGGUCGGAUAUAACAUUGAAGUGGCCUAAGCAAACAACAAAGGGAAGUUAAGAGUCAUCCACAUUGAUGUGAGACUGGAAUCACAUAUAUCACACAUAAAAGCAGAUAAUCUGGUUAUUAUCAAAUCACUGUUUGUGGGAGCUUGCUGUGUGCAAAUUGCCUGCUGCAUUUCCGACAUUAAAAAAAUUGGCUACACUUCAAAAGUGCUUCAUUGGCUGUAAAGCAUUUUGAGACAUCUGUGGAUCGUGAAAGGCACUAUAUAAAUGCAAGUUUUUAUUCUUUCAUUAUCUGUUAUGAAGGCCACUGGGAUUAGUAUUGUAUUGCUCUUGCAGAAGAGCCAGCACAAGCACAAUGGGCCAAGUGGCCUUAGUAUUGUUCUGUGGGAUUGAUGAUUAUCUACUGAGACUGUGAUAAUUGUGGCACAAUUAAAAUGACCAAAUAAAGUGGUUUGAUCACC